AUGCGGUACUCGAAGGCAGUCCAGCUCCUCCUCGCCGCGGCGGCGGCUCCGAUACACGCCGCUUUCACGUGGCAGAACGUCCGCAUCGGUGGCGGAGGCGGCUUCACUCCGGGCAUCGUCUUCCACCCAAAGACGAAAGGAGUAGCGUAUGCGCGUACGGAUAUCGGAGGCAUCUACAGGCUGAACGCUGACGACUCGUGGACACCCAUUACUGAUCAGAUCACGGAUCAGGCUGGAUGGCACAACUGGGGCAUUGAUGCUAUUGCGUUAGACCCUCAGGAUGCAAACAAGGUAUAUGCCGCCGUGGGCAUGUAUACCAACUCCUGGGAUCCCAACAACGGCGCCAUCAUCCGCAGCUCAGACAAGGGCGCAACGUGGUCUUUCUCCAACCUGCCCUUCAAGGUCGGCGGCAACAUGCCCGGGCGUGGCAUGGGCGAGCGCCUCGCCGUGGACCCCCAGAACCCCAAGAUCAUCUACUUUGGCGCCCGCAGCGGCAACGGCCUGUGGAAGAGCACCGACGGGGGCGCCACGUUCUCCAAGGUCUCCUCCUUCACGGCCACGGGUACCUUCAUCCCCAACCCGUCCGACACGACCGGCUACAACAGCGACAAGCAGGGCCUGGCCUUCAUCACCUUCGACUCGACCUCCGCCGCCACGGGGGGCGCCACGUCCCGCAUCUUCGUCGGCACGGCCGACAACAUCACGGCGUCCGUCUACGUUUCCAACGACGCGGGCUCGACCUGGGCCGCGGUCAAGGACCAGCCCGGGCGCUACUUCCCGCACAAGUGCAAGCUCUCGCCCUCGGAGAAGGCCCUCUACAUCUCCUACAGCGACGGCACGGGUCCUUACGACGGGACCAAGGGCGCCGUGUACAGGUACGACAUCGCGGCGGGCACGUGGAAGGACAUCACGCCCGUCUCGGGCAGUGACUUGUACUUUGGGUUCGGCGGCCUGGCCCUCGACGCGCAGAAGCCCGGGACGCUCGUCGUCGCGGCGCUCAACUCGUGGUGGCCCGACGCGCAGCUCUUCCGGUCGACCGACUCGGGCGCGACGUGGUCGCGCCUCUGGGACCGGGCCAACGACGGCACCGAGGGCAAGAGCUACUAUGGUCUCAGCACCCCCAAGGCGCCGUGGGUGUACAACGGCUUCAUCGCCGUCGACACCAAGAAGCUCGGCUGGAUGAUCGAGUCGCUCGAGAUCGACCCCCUCGACAGCGACCACUGGCUGUACGGGACCGGCCUGACGAUCUACGGAGGCCACGACCUGACCAAGUGGGAUACCGUGCACAACAUCUCGAUCCAGUCCCUGGCGGACGGCAUCGAGGAGUUCUCCGUCCAGGAGGUCGUCUCGGCGGCCGGUGGAUCGGAGCUGCUCGCUGCCGUCGGGGACGACAGCGGCUUCACCUUCAAGAGCAAGGCCGACCUCGGCAAGUCUCCGCAGAACAACUGGAUGACGCCCGAAUGGGCCACCUCCUCCAGCGUCGACUACGCCGGCAACAAAGUCGCCAGCGUCGUGCGCGUCGGCACCACCUCGGGCAAGCAGAUGGCCGCGCUCUCCUUCGACGGCGGCGCCACCUGGAACGUCGACUCGGCGGCCGACACGAGCUCCACGGGCGGCACAGUCGCCUACUCGGCCGACGCCGACACCGUGCUGUGGUCGACCUCCAACAACGGCGUCCUGCGCUCCCAGUACCAGGCCACCUUCGCCAAGGUCGCGAGCCUGCCCGCCGCGGCCGUCAUCGCGUCCGACAAGCGCAACGGCAGCGUCUUCUACGGCGCGUCGGGGAGCACCUUCUACGUCUCGACCGACACGGGCUCGACGUUCGCCAGGGCCGGCGCCGCGGGCAGCGCGAGCGCCAUCCGGGACAUCGCGGCGCACCCAACGACCGCGGGAACCUUGUACGUGUCGACCGACGCCGGCGUGUUCAAGUCGACCGACUACGGCAAGACCUUCUCUGCCCUCUCCAACGCGGUUAGCAACACCUACCAGGUCGCGCUCGGCCGCGGCUCCGGCACGAGCUGGAACGUGUACGCCUUCGGUACCGGAUCCGCCGGCGCCCGCCUCUACGCCAGUGCCGACGACGGCGCCUCUUGGGUCGAUAUCCAAGGGAGCGCCCAGGCUUUCGGCAGCAUCGACUCAUGCAAGCUCGCCGGCUCGGCCAACGAGGCAGGGCUUGUCUAUGUCGGGACCAACGGCCGCGGUGUCUUUUACGCGCAGGGAACGGUGCCGGGGAGCCCAGGCGGUGGCGGCAGCAGCUCUUCUACGACUCAGCCCCCUACCAGCACAACCUUGAGCACCUCUACCGUUGGCAGCACCACCGUUGGUACAACGACGACGACUUCCAGCGGGCCGGUGGGCACGAAUGUUGCGCCGCACUGGGGACAGUGCGGAGGGAUUGGCUACACUGGACCAACUGCGUGUGCCAGCCCCUACACAUGCCAGAAGCAGAAUGACUACUACUCCCAAUGCCUGUGA